AUGGACAAUAUGACAACUGUCAAUGAUAGUAACGCAUCAACAGAGCCUAUUGAAUGGAUUCCUGGUUUACAACUAGCAGCUUGUAUUUUUUAUAGUAUAAUACUUUUGGUUGGUGUUAUUGGCAAUAUUUUAGUUAUUGUUAUUGUGAUGAAGUAUCGACAUAUGCGCAAUGCAACUAAUCAUCUUUUGACAAAUUUAUCUGUUGCCGAUCUAUUUCUUUUAUUGUUUUGCACAGCUGACGGUUAUCAACAUUUGUACGGAAAAGAUAAACAUCGUCUGGGCAAUUUUAUGUGUCGAUUUAGUCCAUUUGUUCAGAAUGUUACAGCAACAUGUUCUGUUCUAACAAUUAUGGCAAUUAGUUAUGAACGAUAUGUUGCAAUUUGUCAACCAUUAAAAACAAAUCCUCUUCAUUUAACUGUAUUUCGGACAUUACCAACAGUUGUCUUCUUUUGGCUUGUUUCUUGUCUAAUUUCAAUUCCUUUUUUUACAUUUACAAAUACUUAUACAGUGGAAGCAACCUAUGAUGAACUCAUUGUUGCAUGUUUUACACAGUUUCCUUUAUCAUGGGCAACUUGGUAUCUGAUACCAUGUACAUUGAUUAUUUAUUUAACCAUUUUAAUUAUGCUUUGCUAUUGGCAUUAUUCUAUUUGUUAUAUAUUAUUUAAUCGUGAAGCUCUCUUACGUGACAAUACAAUUGUAACACGUUAUCGACGACAAGUAGCACAAUUACUUAUUGCUUUAGUAGUUUCAUUUUUUGUGCUUAUUGUACCACAUAAAAUUUGGGGCAUUAUACAAUCACGAUUAAGUUCUGAACAAUUUCACAAGUUUGGAUUUCAUCGUCAUUCAUUUGUUAUUAUUGUUACACGUUCUUUACUUUAUCUUAAUUCAGCUAUCAAUCCAAUACUUUAUUCUAUCAUGUCAACAAAAUUUCGUCAAAGCUUUGGCCGUCUUUGUGGUGGAUGUAAUGCAUCAUCAAAAGGUCAACAUGCAUCAGCUGUACUAUUUUGUAAAGGGUAUACAAUGCGACCAAUGCUAAUCAGCAUAAAUAGAGAUGAUCUUGGUGGUGAAGUAUCAACAACAACUAGAGCACCAUAUCAUCCGACACACAUGAACCGAUUACAAAAAAAAAGAAUGCCACUAACUGACAAUACUUCAACACCAAUGACAGCAGUUACAAUCAAUAAUCCAAAAUUUAUUUUUUCAUAG